CUUGCAGCUCUUAGACAUGAUGAUCCUUGGACAUGCGAUGAGUUGGUGCAAGUGGCCAGGAGCAACGAAGCGCUCCAAGUGGCGUUGAUGGCGUUGAAUUCCUGCCUGGCCGUAGCCUCGAGGAGAUCCCAAUGGCAGCUGGCGUGCCUCCUUGGACUCGGAGCAUUGAGACCCUACGGCGAUGUGGUCACGUUCAACAGCCUCAUGAACUCCAAAUCCAGAUGGCCUGCAUCCAUGCAGAUCUUCGAAGAACUGCGUUGGCAAGGCCUAGUGCCCGAUGCGGUGAGCCACACCGCAACCUUCACCAUGACCGACAUGACCGACAUGACCGAUGGCACUGCGGAUCACUGGCCGAUGGCCCUACAGAACUUCCAGCGAUUGCAGGACAGCGGCAUCGCACAGGAUGUGGUGAGUUGCAGUGCUUCCAUCAACCUUUGCCGCGUGGCCAACCUGUGGCCGUUGGCGCUGGAGAUCUUCGAUGCCAUGCUUCGGGCGCGAACCGAGCCGAAUCUCAUCAGUUACAAUUCCCUGAUUAGUUGUUGCGAGACCGGCCUGCAGUGGGAAAGGGCCUGUUGGAUCCUGCAUGCGACGCAUGCGAUGCCCGCGAUGAGAGCUGAUGUGGUGACGUAUAGCGCCGUGCUGAGUUGUUGCGAGAAAUCCUCCCAGUGGCAAUUGGCCUUGCACACUUGGAAGCUGCUGCAGGGCGGUGCUUCAGCGAACCUCAUCAGCUACAACAGUGCAAUCAGUGCAUGUGGCAAGGGUCUGCAAUGGCAGCUGGCGCUUCAUUUCUUUCAGCAUCUCGAAGGCUCCCGUCUCUCACCAGAUACCAUCAGCUACAACGCUGUAAUCAGUUCGCAGAAGUGGCAGAUGGCCUUGCAGCUCUUCGAGGAGAUGAGUCCGCUUGCCGUCGUCAGCGUCGUGACGUUGGGCGCGCUGCUGAGCACCUGUGAGGCGCAGUGGACCAUAGCCUUGGAGCUCCUGGAGGCCGCGCUCCGAGGGCUGUCACCCAACGUGGUGAUCUUCAACGCCGCCAUCAGCAGCUGUGAAAAGGCCUCCGAGUGGCCGGCGGCGCUGGCCAUUUUUGGAAUGAUGCGCGAAAGCAAUGUGGAAGCGGAUGUCAUCACCUACAAUGCGUUGAUGAGUUCCUGUGAGAAAGGGCUGCAGUGGCAACUGGCCAUGCACCUUUUCAGUCUGGUGCCGCAGCCUACCGCCAUCAGCUACAACGCUGUCAUCAGCGCUUGUGCGCGGGUGGGAGACCAAUGGUGGAUGGCGCUGCGUUGGUUGGAGCGGAUGAGUCAGCAGCAGGUCCUUCCCACGGUGAUCAGCUACAACGCUGCGAUGAGCGCCUGUGAAAAGUCCCUGCAAUGGCAGAUGGUGCUGCGUUUGUUGCAGCAGAUGUCCGUGGUAGACUUGAGCCCGGAUGAGAUCAGUUUCAAUGUGGCGGUCAGUUCCGUGCGCAGGGUCUGUAUUGAUUUGAUGUGAUCCUUCAUGGUCUGGUUGGUGG